GUCAAUUUCACGAACUUUAAAAAAUUGUAGCUUUACAAGCCCUAUAUUUAUUUAACAUCAAAAUAUAAAAAUAAAUUAUCAUGAAUUUAAAAAAAAUGUCACAGUAAACUUCUUCAUGCAAAACCUGGAACAGUUACACAAAAUGAACGCACACUUGAAAGAGGCAUUUACACGCAUAAAGCCAAUAUGCGACAUGGUGAUGGUAAAUCCAUCGCCGGAGCAUAUAACAGCGUUUGCAGCACUGGUAGGAGAGCUAAAGAUGGAAAUAAUCCAAGAGCUGCAGCAGUAUAUGCUGUUUCCGUUUAUCACACACUUACAGUCCAAAGAAAUGGAAACAAAAUAUGAAAUGCAAGGACUGUUAAUAGACAGCAUGCGGGAAGUGCUACAGAGGGUGUGUGUAACCAGUUUUGAGAUGUGCAUGAAGAUUGAAAUGGGCCUUUUGAGUCUCGUGUUUGAAAAACCAAAGCCGGGAAUGAUUGCGGAUGUUCCCGAGGAACUCAAACUAAGUGUGAUGCAGUGCUUGACGGUGUUGAUGUUGCAUAUCGAUCAGCCGACGAGGGUGAAGAUGCUGGAGAACCAAGUGCCAUUGUUGGCUCAAGCUGUGUUUGUGUCGGUGCACCUCGCAAAGUUAGAGAAACUAAGGAGCUUGAGGCUAGCUGCCAUAACGUGUCUGUGUGCGCACACGGGCUGCCACCCUCAGCAGACGGACGCGCGUGGUCUAGUUCCAGACCCCGCUAUAGAGACUGCUGUCUUAGGGCUGCUAGCAUGCAUCCUGCCGGGCGUGCUGGCUGCGCUGCAGGACGUUGCCAUGAGUGACAACCCUGGACAUGCAGUUGUUGUUGCCGCAUUGAAUGCAACCCAUCGCGUGCUGUGCCUCACGAUGCACAACAAACACUUGGCGACCAAAGAAAAAAUCACGGCCGAUGACUUCGUGGCCAUGUUAGCCGAAAAGGCCAAGCCCUCCAAUGAUGUAAGCAAGGAAAGCAUCAGAGAUAGUCGGCUAGGUGCGAUCAUAGCGGCAAGAGAUUAUCACUCGCUAGCCGAGUUCAUACGAUCUGGUAGGGACCAAACGGAUCCUCCCAGGAGGGAGAGAAAGAUUCCCAAACAAAAAAAGAAUAGAAAUCAGAAUGCCAAUCAAAAAAACGUUAAUUACAUGGAAAGGCUCGGCAGCUAUGAAAGAACGCCGAAUACUUCACAGAAUGCAGCGAAGGCACCCCGCGAUAUUCCCAAGCGGACAUCCGAAUGGUACACGAUGGCCGGGGACAAACUGGCCAUAGUGAUCAAGAGUCUCAUACCGCUGGUCUCUCACGAACACUUCAAAGUGAGGAAGGAGCUCGCUAUACUCUGCUAUAGGAUCAUAUCAGAGUGUAGUGCCACCAUGCAGCCUUCUCUGCCGAUGUCUUUGGAUGUACUGAUCUCCCUCUGCCAUGACUCCUACCAGGAGGUCUCGGACUACUGUGAUGCAGCACUGAAGGCGCAGUUUUCGAACCCCGAGAGAGAAACUAUGGACAGUCUCUGUGAGAACUUCUUCGCCACCAUCAACUGCUUGCCGAGAAUUAUGAACAAUAUUGACGAGAACCGCAAGCUGUCCGCCCUGAACCUGAUAGCCGGCUACCUCACCAUCCUGUGUGACGGCGGCCGCCCCCAGCGCCUGACGAGUCUCUUGACAGCUAGCGACGGCUUCGACCGCGUGUGCGACGCGCUAAUCGCUACGGCUGACAUGUACACCGACCUGUCUCUCCUCGCCAGACCGGCCGGAGGCGACAUCACAGGGAUGUCCUCGUGUGAGUUGUCCGGUCCGUGUCCCUGGCGCCGUCUCCGUCACCUGUCUCCGGCUGGAAGUCAACAGCUGCAAGGCCUGCUGGCGUCGCUGGGCGCGGCGGAGUGCGCGGAGCUACUGCUGGACAGAUUUCUGGAACUCUUCCACGAGCGACGCUCCUGCGACCUCAUAUACAUCAUCAACUAUCUUGGAUCAGGUCCAGAUUCAAACCCGGAUCUAGCUCGUCGCAUCAUCAGCGUGUAUAUAACCGAGGACGUGUGGUACCAGCCGCUGGAGGUGCAGAGCGGGGAGAAGCCGCUCUCAGCGGACGAGACCCUCGACGAGAGCAUUUACAACCCACGGUCCUGGACCAGGGACACCGUACCCGGUCUGUUCGAGGGCGCCAUAGAGACUCGCUUCACCGACAUCAGCUCGACCCUACCGCGGGUCCGCCUGGAGCCCAACACGUGCGUGACCCUGGGACACGCGCGGAGGAACCUCACCAGGAGCUGCCUCCUCACUGAGGGGCUCGGCCUCAUGGCGCUGCGCCUGGGCAGGGACUACCAGCAGUACCUACUGAAGACACUGUGUCUCUUGUUGGAGAGAGUCGGCAGCCGGUACCCCCCGCUCCGCUCGUCGGGCCUGAUCGCCCUGCAGCAAGUAGCCGCGGCCACCGAGGCCAGCGACGUCACAGACCUCAUCGGCAGGAACGCCGACUACUUCACCAGCCAGGUCACCGGCCGGCUUAAGAAGGCCUGGAACACGCAGUCGGCCCUACAGAUACUGUCAGUGGUUAUGGAGUACAGUGACGUCACUAUACUGGACUACUUGUACGGGAUAGUGGAGGACGUGUUAGUGCAGAGCUGCGACCAGUACUACGAGAAGAAUUUGUAUUCAUAUUUACAAGUGUUUCUGACAUUCAUAAACUGCAUACGGAAAUGGUUUCUGAUCCAAGACACGGUCAAGAGGAAGGAGAGUCACGGGCUGGAGAUAGACGUGCUGAAGGACGUCAUAGAGUUCGCCAACAACAAGGAGGAAGUAGAGAGGUUGUUGAACACGAAGGAGUUCGAGGAGGAGACGGGCAGGAGUGUGGAGGAGAUGUACCAGGAGGACCUGCAGCGGAAGGAGGAGGACCUCCUGGACUACGACGACACCGUGACGCAGGAGGCCGUACCUCUGCCACAACACGUGCGGGUCACGAUCACUAUACUGAAGCGCUGCGUACACUUCGUGUCGUACAAGAGUCGAGACGAGGCGCUGGUGGCGAUGGAGGCGCUGUGGCGAGGCCUGGAGCUGCUGCGAGGACACGACGACGAGCUUCUGCCGCUGGUGCACGCGCUGUGGGAGCCGUUGGCCGCCCGCCUGCAGGCCGAGCCCGUGCUGGCGCGAGCGGCGCUGCGGGUGUUGGCGCUGGUGGCCGACCUGGCCGGGGACUUCGUCCGGGAGAGAGUCGUCAAGGACGUGCUCCCCCGCGUGUGUUCGGUGCUCCGCUCGUGUUCUCGCCGCAGCGUGUUGGCGGACGCGGGGUCGUCGUACCGCCUCACGGCGUCGUACUCCCUCCAGCGCUCCGCCCUCGAAGCGCUGGGUCCGCUCGCCGCUAACGUGGGGCUCCGGGGCAUCGCGCUCCUCGACGCCCUGAAGGCCGGGGCGCUCUACCUUCACAAAAACCAACCCAAACCCCUACAGCUGUUGGCGGUGAAGUUCUUCAAGGACAUGCUGGAGUACGACUACGGCAGCUCGUGGCAGUUCCUCCGCCGCCUCGCCAACAACAAGCAGCCGCUGACGCCGCCCGCCAACCGGUUCCUGCACCUGGAGCCCGUCGUGGGCUCGCCCUACGAGUGCACGGACCCGCACUACGACAACAACAUCAAGCUCAUCUUUUACGUACACAAGUGAAUCUAACGCGAACCUAACGACGGCGCACUGUACAUACAGACGCUCGCUGCCAGUCGGAGACUGAGCUUAGACUGGACACGCUUCGUGAGCAGUUUGACUGUGCGCGACUCGUGGUAAGCGAAUUCGUUUUAUGUACUACACCACGCACUGUGGAUAUCAUCGAUGCGUUCUCUUACCGCCGCUGUCUUUGUAUGUUUCCGGUGCCAAAUACCUUCGAGAUGCGGUGAAUUGUAAUCGGCUUCGUCCUGAGAUCUCAUGAGUAGAAUAAUAUUGAUGUACCUAGUUUAAUUCGUUCCAAGUUGUGAACGUUUCCCAGCGGCCAGUCGGCGUAUCACAUAUUAUAUUAUUGUAUAUAUGAAAAAAUGUUCAGAAUUUUAUUCCAAUAACAAACGUACCGCGACUUGGUGGUAAGCUGGAGAUGUUCUGAACUGUAUUAUUCCUCAGCGGGUUGAGUUGCUCUCUCGAUAUCUUUCCCAAGCUUUUUUUACAUAAAACUUCAACGUUAUCUGUGCGUGGCAUUCUGUUUUAUAUACUCUGUAGUGUGACGCCGACAGUGUAAGUCAAUAACCCCCUAGUGUACUUUCUUUUGCAAUAUUUAUAUAGUGAUACAUAUAUUAAUCACAUUUUGUCAGAUUCUCUUUAUAAAUAAGUUUUUAAUACGAUAUUUUAAGAUUUAAAUUUCGUACUAAACCCGCUCAAAGCUAGAUGUAUGUCGAGAACAUGUUUUUGUUUAAAUUUUAACUCUCAUAUAAAACAUCACUGUGUAUUAAAUCCUAAGACUGUAUAUAUUUUAAAAGUAUGAUCUAAUAAAAGGUAAUCAACAAA